GGUCUUACUUGCCAACGCCAAGGCCCAGCUCGAGUCGAUCCGCCCGUACGUCUCUCUCUUGUUCCUCUCCGGCUUUUCCUUCCCCUCCGCCUCCGCCACGCCACCUCCCCUCCCCUCCCGCCGUGCGCCCCGAUCCCUCGCCGCCCCACGCCGGCCUCAUCUCGCCGAGGACUGGAUCGCCGGGGGGUAAGCAAGCUGACCCCUUUAACUCUUUCUCGCCGCUGCCCCCUCGUCCCGCGGCCGCCCUAUGCUUGCUUGUUCCUCUCCUUGUCUGUACUACUAAAUUGCCCGCUGCGCCUUUCCCCUACUCCCUAUUCCAUACGGUACUGCUGCGGAGCACAUGUUGAAUCUGGGACUGCUUCGGUUCUGUGGUCUCCUCCGCUGACCUAGUCGAGCACGGCGCUUCCCCGCUGGGUUGCUUCUAAACCGUGUCACCCCCAAUUGCAAGUUUCUUGCGAUGCUGCAAGUUCCUUUCGAUGCUGGUAGCGUGUAGUGGUAGUUAAGAAUUACGCCUUGGUGCUUGGUUUGCCAGAUUGCCAUGAAGCUUCUCGCCAUGUUUCGUGCUACUGCUAGUAUUGCCUCCAUGACAUCCUGGGUGUCCUUCACACACAUGCGGCGUUAGGUGAUGACGAGCUUGCCUGAGAGGGGAGAAUCACCUGUGCCGCCACUCGAUUCUCUGCGCCAGGACUCUGCCGUGACCGUCCUAGCGGCUGCCGCCGUUGCCUCUUCCUCCGCUGGCUCCGAUCGCAAGGAAGACAGCGGCUCCAGGCAGCCCAAGGCCUCCAUCCUGUCCGGCGUCUUCUCUCCCCCUUUUGCCAUAUUCGAGGGGCAGCAGCAGGGCUCCUCGUCGCCGGCGUGCGACGCCAGGUCGACAAAGUCGUCCUCAGGGUCCUAUGGUUUAUCCAGGAUCCUGAGGAGGUUCGUGGGCAGCGGCUCCAUGUGGCGACUUCUGGGGUGCGGCAGGGUCUUGACCUCCAGUGACGUGUGGUUCCUUGGUAAAUGCUAUAAGGUGUCGCCUGAAGAAGAGGAGUCUGGCGACUCGGAGUCCGACAGCGGGCAUGCUGCGUUUCUGGAAGAUUUCUCUUCCAGGAUAUGGAUCACUUACCGGAAAGGCUUUGAUGCAAUAUCUGAUUCCAAGCUAACUAGUGAUGUGAACUGGGGAUGCAUGGUUAGAAGCAGUCAAAUGCUGGUUGCUCAGGCGCUGAUUUUUCACCACCUUGGAAGAUCUUGGAGAAAGCCCCCAGAGAAGCCAUACAACCCAGAUUAUAUAGGGGUCUUACACCUAUUCGGUGAUUCUGAAGCUUGUGCUUUCUCUAUUCACAAUUUACUUCAAGCUGGAAGGAAUUAUGGUCUGGCUGCUGGAUCAUGGUUGGGUCCAUAUGCUAUGUGCCGGGCAUGGCAGACCCUUAUUCGCACAAAUAGAGAGCAAGCUGAUGCUGUAGAUGGGAAGGAAAAUUUCCCUAUGGCGCUGUAUGUGGUUUCGGGUGAUGAAGAUGGCGAAAGAGGUGGAGCUCCAGUUGUUUGCAUUGAUGUUGCUGCUCAGCUUUGCUCUGAUUUCAACAAAGGACCAUCUACAUGGUCACCUAUUCUUUUGUUAGUUCCUCUGGUUCUUGGCCUUGACAAAAUUAACCCAAGGUACAUCCCAUUACUAAAGGAGACAUUUAUGUUCCCACAAAGCUUGGGCAUUUUAGGUGGAAAACCUGGUACAUCAACAUACAUUGCUGGGGUACAGGAUGAUAGGGCUCUCUACCUAGAUCCCCAUGAAGUUCAGAUGACGGUUGACAUUGCACUGGAUAACUUGGAGGCAGACACUUCCUCAUACCACUGCAGCGUUGUCCGAGCCUUAGCUCUGGAACAAAUAGAUCCCUCCCUGGCUAUUGGUUUUUACUGUCGUGACAAAGACGACUUUGAUGAUUUCUGUUCUCGGGCCUCUGAGUUGGCGGAGAAGGCCAAUGGCGCGCCACUCUUUACUGUUGUGCAGUCAAUCGAGCCAUCGAAACAAAUGUAUAAACAGGAUGAUGGACUGGGUUGUUCUGGCAGUAGCAUGGCCAAUGACGACGACCUUGAUGGCUCUGGUGAAGCAGAAGAGUGGCAGAUCCUUUAGACGAGGCUAAGACAUGUUGGGCUGAAGAAAAAAAAACUUGCAUUGAAAAUGUUGUCUGAAUGCCCUCGUCUGCGUGUGAAUAGAGGGGAUUAUUUGUGUGAUCUCGGGGUGGAAAUGUUCAGAACAUACACUCGUAGUCGUGGAUGAUAAUAAUUAAAUGUAUUUAUUAUUCCAUAUUCUAACAUCGUUUUACCACGGCGUGGUUGUUUCUCAA